CUUCAAAUAAAAAUUUUGGAGCUUCUAGAUGCAAAAAAAUUUAUUCAAUAUCAUUGAAGCUAAUCCCCCCCUCCAAAGUCUCAAUCGCAAAUUACAAAAUUACAAAAUUACAAAAUUGUAAAUUGUAAUUUAUAUCUACGUCGCCAUUCCUUCAUUCCUAUUUACUUCGUUCUGUUUCUGUUUAGCACAUUUGGUGAAAAUGAUGUCUCUCAGAGCUGUUGCGCGCUCAGCGCCUCGUACAUUUACUCGUCUUAGUUCUACCACCCUCAGAUCAUCAAGACUAAUUCAGCCGAGCUCUCUACUUAAAUUUUCAUGGGCACCUCUCAGAUCAUCUCAAUUCACCUCGGAAUUCUCCACAUCGCAGUUCAGACAAGCGCCCGCGGCAGAGGUGGAUGCGGAGCUGUCAGUUAAGCUCGAGAGCGAACUCCAGUUCGAAAAUGAGAUGAAGGAGGGUGAGCAGCUCCCGGCAAGCGUCAAGGACUUCCUCGAGAACAGCCCAUUCGAGCUGAAGGAUGAGCCCGGGAAGGAGGACGUCUCUCUAGUCCGCAAGUUUGGAAACGAAACCAUCACCGUCACCUUCUCCAUUUCAGAUCUUGCCAAUUACGAGCCCGACGACGUAUUCAAUGAGGAAUCUAUUCUCGACGAUGAAGAUGGCGAGUCGCCCGAAGGUAAGCGCACAUCGCCGGCGGAGGGCGAGGAAGCCCUUGAAGACGAUGUCGACGGCAACGAUGCGCCGGUACCUUGCCGAUUAAACAUCGUAGUAGAGAAGCCGGGCAAGGGCGCGCUUAACAUCGAGGCGAUGGCACAGGACGGUCAGAUCAUCGUUGAGAACUUCUAUUACUUCAAGGACUCCAAGCUGGCACACGGCGAGACUGCUGAGAUCGCCCACGCCGCCCAGGACAUCUACCCCGGCCCACCCUUCGGCAGCCUCGACGAGGACCUACAGAUCCUCAUGGAGCGCUACCUCGAGGAGCGCGGCGUUACCCAGGCCCUCGGCGUCUUCGUCCCCGACUAUAUGGACAUCAAGGAGCAGCGCGAGUACCAGACCUGGCUGAAGGACGUCAAGGAAUUCGUCGAUGCUUAGACGGUUAGCGGGGAUGGGUUAGGUACCUAAUGACGGAAGAGGGGCGGAUAGAUGAAUGAAUAAAAAUCAAAGAGAAAAAAAGGAGUGACGCCUCUGAUGUAUUAUGAAAAAAAACCAACUCCACAUGUAUAAUAAGAAAUGACG